CCCGAGAAAAAGACGCAGGGCUCAGUAGGGCACUUUGACACCGCCAUAUUGCUUCGUCGUCCUGGCUUGAAGGAGAGAGAGAGGGGAGAUGAAGGGGAUCCGGGGACUCACUCACUUAUCGACCAGGCUUUAUGCGGCGCAGGCUGCCCAUAAGGUGGAGAGGGCUGCCAAACAUGUUACAUUUCAGGCGCAGGAUGUGCAGGUGACCCGACUUCCCAGCGGACUUGUGAUCGCCUCCCUGGAAAACUACUCGCCAGCUUCCAAGAUUGGCGUGUUUGUAAAGGCCGGCUGUCGCUAUGAGACGCUUGACAACCAAGGAGUUACCCACAUCCUCCGACUGGCCGCCGACCUGACUACCAAAGGAGCUUCAGCCUUCAAGAUAUGCCGUGGUAUCGAAGCAGUAGGCGGUAAACUGAGCGCGUCUUCAUCCAGAGAGAACAUGAUCUACACUGUUGACUGCUUGCGAGAUGACCUCGACACGGUGAUGGAGUAUCUGAUCAAUGUGACGACGGCUCAAGAGUUCCGGCCGUGGGAGGUGUCCGAUCUCACCCCAAGGGUCAAUGUUGACAAAGCCCAAGCAGGACAGAGUGCUCAGAUAGCUGUGGUUGAAAGUCUCCAUGAAGCCGCCUACAAGAACGCUCUUUCCAACUCCCUUUACUGUCCUGACUACAUGGUGGGCAAUGUCCUGUCUGAACAUUUGCAUCAGUUUGUCCAGAAUCAUUUCACAAGUGCAAGAAUGGCUCUUGUUGGACUGGGUGUGGAUCAUACUGUUCUGAAGCAAGUAGGAGAGCAGUUCCUGAACAUCCGCAGUGGCGCCGGAAUGUCCGGUGACCAAGCCCGGUAUCGUGGAGGUGAGAUCCGCCUGCCGAGCACCAGCAGCCUGGUUCACUCUGCCGUUGUGAGCGAGGCCGCGGCGUCGGGCACCGGUGAGGCUGUGGCCUUCAGUGUUCUGCAGCACCUGCUGGGAGCUGGUCCGCGCAUCAAGAGGGGCUCCAAUGUAACCAGCAAACUGGUGCAGGGGGUUGCCAAGGCAACUGCAGACCCCUUCGAUGUAAGUGCUUACAACGCGAGCUACUCUGACUCGGGGCUGUUUGGAAUCUACACCAUUUCCCAAGCGGGCUCGACCUCCGCUGUCGUGAAGGCCGCUCUUGCUGAGGUGAAAGCUGUCGCUGACGGCGGAGUCACAGCUGCUGACCUCACUCGGGCUAAGUUGUCGCUGAAGUCUCACUUGCUGAUGUCUCUGGAGACUUCAGAAGGUCUGCUGCAGGCAAUGGGCACUCAGGCGCUGGCUAACGGCGCCUACAACCCCCCUGAAGAAUUCGCCAAAAACAUCGACAAUGUCUCCUUAACGGACGUGGCCAAUGCUGCCAAAAAGUUUGUGUCAGGCAAAAAGACCAUGGCGUCCAGCGGGAAUCUCAUCAAAACCCCCUUCGUCGACGAAAUCUAAAACCUCCGCCAUCUCCUUCCUCCUCCUCCUUGCGCUAUUUCACUUCAGAAUUUGUUUCCUCCACAGUAACAGAAAGACGCCAUUUCGACGCUGUUGGUCUAAGUCGCUGUCAUGUCCUCUGGGUCUUUAUAGGUGUAAGAUUUGUUUUGGCGUCUGCCAACAUCAUUUCCAGGUCAUUUGCCCACAUGCAGUAUAAUGUAUAGCUCAUGUAAAAUAAUGAAUAAAUUCUAUCUGCCUGA